AUGGAGCAGGAUUUAGAAGUGUUUCAGGAACAAGCUGGCACUGAAGCUUCUCCAUGUGAAACUGGACUUCAGGAAUUAGUGCAUCAAAUUGAUAUAAUGAUAAACAGCAAAAAAAUGGAAUGGGAAAGGAAGAUGAAAGCUUUAGAAACAAAGGUGGAUAUUCAGGAUAAAGAAUUAGCAAGUGCCCAAAACAAACUGGAUCAAAAAGCUCAAGAGAUAGGACUACUUCGACAGAAACUGGAAGACUUACAAAAAACUAAAUAUGAAAUGGCUCAGAAUUAUGAAACUCAGCUUCAAGCGCUGAAAUCUCAAUUUUCAAAGUUGACACAUAGCUAUGAAAAGCUACAGUCACAUCAGUUAAAACAAAACAGGACUGAAGGUCAAGAAGGAUGUGAGGAAAGCCUGGAGACACCAUCUGCAGUGAGCAGUUUAUACAGGCAACUGGAGGAAUUUAAGGCAAAAUGGGAUAAGAAGAGGACAAUCUGCCAAAAUUAUCUCCUUUAUUUAGAUGCUCAACAAAAAUUAUUGUCUGAAAAAUGUAAUUUAUUUCAGAAGCAGACUCAGAAUUAUCAAUUCCAAAUAAGCAAUAAGAAACAAAACCAAGAAGAAGUAAUUACCUGUGGCCAGCCUGAAAGUGAAAAUGAUGAGUUGAUUAUGGAAAAGCUAAAGACAACUGUGAAUGAAAUAGCAACAAACAAUAAGAAACUAGAAGAGGAAAAUCUGAAACUCCGGGAGGAUAUAAAAAUGUACCAAAACCAUUGCCAGAACAUGGAGGCAGGACUUUCAGAAAUGAGAAAUGAGCUGCAGUCACGGGAUGCUCUCUGGAGAAGGAUACAGCUGGAAUGCCAGCAGUUACACACAGAAUUAUUGAAAGUCAAAGAGCAUAAAGAUAUGCAGGAAAUUCAAAUAAGGCAUCAGUCAUCUUGUGUACAACUCACUGAACAACUAGAAAAUAAAAACGCUGAGUUACUGCUGUUGGCACAAAGUCAAGAACAGCAACGAGAAGAGCUAAACAAGAUAAGAAACCACAUUUAUCAAGAGGAGCAGUCCCAUCGCUCUGAGCAGGAAAGAAUGAAGACAGAAAUCUCUGACCUGACAGAAGAGCUUCACCAGAAGGACAUCACUAUAGCAACUAUCUUGGAGAAAGCUAGUCUUCUGGAAAGACAGUUAAAAAUGGAGUUAGAGAUAAAAGACAGAUUGUUAGCAAAACAACAGUUGUUGGAUUUCCAAUAUCAAGUUAUCAAAUCAGAAAACAUACAUCUAAAAGAGACAGUGGAAAACCAGGAGUGUAAAAGUUGCAUGAUUAUAGAUUUCUCUAACAAAGAGCAUGGAAAUUUCAGCACUUCCAUUCACAAACUUAAGCAUGAGAAUGUAAGAUCACAAAAUAGUCUUGUUGAACUACAAAAUGACACAGAAACAUCAACACUGGCUCUCAUGGAUACACAUGGAGAAACAGACCACAACUUCCAAACUUGUUUGAAGACGCAAGAAAAAGCAGAGAGAGGGCAUGAAACAAAACCAGAUGAUAAAUCUCCAUCACCAGCAGGGAAUCCUCUGGGCUUUGGUGGACUCUUCCCUGAAAAGGACACAAUAGGCAGCUUGCUGAGCCCUGCUUACAAUGCAGAAGAAAUCCAAUUAUCUCCUCCCCCUGAGUUGUCCUUCCUUGCAACCACAGAAAAGUUCCUUCAACAGGAAGAGAAACAUACAAGAGAGUUUGAAGAACGUUUAAAUUUACACAUUGAAGAACUGCAAAGACAUUCUGAAAAUACUGUAAAAAACUAUGCCAGGAGCCAGCAGUGCAGGCAUACUUAA